AUGUCAAUUGAACUUACUGAGGCUCGCAAUGCCAGCAAGGGGCUUUUUGAUCCACAGGAACUUACAAACAUACUUUAUAAGCAAGGCAUUUCCAGAUCUCGUUAUGAUGAGAUGGUUACAAUCAUGGAAAAAGAACCUGAACUCCAGGAUCGCUACAUGUUUCGUGAGCUUUCACGUCCUGACCAGUUUCGGUACGCAUUUAAAGCUUCUGCCAAAAUGUUGGAACUCGCAAGACGUCAUUCAUGGAACGAAAACGAGCUUAUGAGUGCAAUGGGACUUAUCUAUAGUGAAUAUCUUCCCACUACCCUUCACAAUUCGGCUUUCAAAUACGUUAUAAAGGUAAUUGGAUCAGAUGAACAGGGCAAAGAAUGGUUGCCAAAGUGUGAUACCCAUGAAGUAAUUGGCUGUUACGCCCAGACAGAACUUGGUCACGGAUCUAAUGUACGUGCCUUGCAAACCAAGGCCUUCUACGACCCUCAGCUUAAAAAAAUUGUUCUUUGCUCCAACGACCCAAUCACGGCUCGCAAAUGGUGGAUUGGAGGGUUAGGCGUUGUGGCAGACCAUGCUGCUGUUCAAGCCAAUUUAUAUUUUCCUCCAUCUAAUGAUCCAAAUUGUACUGAUCGCUCCAAAUACACCUAUUUGGGCCCGCACAUUUUCAUUGUCCCUAUCAGAGAUCCCAAGACUCGGGAGCCGUUCCCCGGUAUCACUGUAGGUGAUAUUGGACCUAAGGCUGCUAAUGGCUUUUCAUUGACCGAUAAUGGAUUUUUGGCAAUGGAAAAUGUUCAAAUUCCCGUCAAUUAUAUGCUCAACAGAUUUACUCUGAUCGAUACAUCUGAUCCAAAGGGUGCACGUUAUGUACUAUUAGGUAACUCCAAAGUAAUGUAUGCUUCGAUGACGAAUUUGCGUGCAGGAUAUCCUUUGACAUUGGGAUCACCGUUGACUAAAGCUGUGACAAUUGCAUCUCGAUACCUGACUAUUCGUCGUCAAUUUUCUGAAAAGUCAUCAGAACAGGAGACUCAAGUUAUCAAAUACUCCUCUGUUUAUAAUCGCCUUGUUCCUAUUGUGGCCCUAGCUCACUCUUCUGGAUUUGUUUCAAAUGCAGUUCAAACUGGCUUUACUGAAAUGUUACAAAAGCUUAUUGACAAUGGCGAUGAUUCUCUUCUUCCUGAGGUCCAUAUAAUUACCUCAUCCAUCAAGGGUGUAAUAUCCAUGCAUUUUACCAAAGCAAUCGAACAGUGUCAAAUACUUAUGGGUGGCCACGGGUUUUCUUACCACUCAGGUAUUUCGACACUUUAUGGCAAUGCCUUACCUUCACAAACAUUUGAAGGCGAGAAUUAUGUUGUCGCCCAACAAACUGCUGGUGCUCUUUCAAAGUUGUACCUUUACACUCUCAAGAAUGGUAAAGAAGCUGCUCGCAAGAAGCUUUUCCCUGCUGCCCAGUUCUUGAUAAAUGUUGAUACAAAUUCAAAAACAAAUAGUCCUAAAACGGCUCAAGAAUGGGUUUCCAAUGACGAGUACUUGAUCAAACUGUACGAAUUGCGUACCGCUUCUUUAGUUAGCCAACUUGUUUCUGAAGCUAAAACUAAGGACCCCAAAGACCUCCCUCAUAUUUCGGCUGCUGUAAGUUUUGCAUUUGGCGAACAGUACAUUGUUACCCAGUAUAUUCGCGGGGCUGCCGAAAUUCGCGAUCCUUCCACUCGCGAUAUCACAUCUCGUUUGGCACGCAUUGUUGCCUUGAAGAUGCUUGUCCAUGAUAAUGCAGCCUUAUCAUUGAUUGAGUUUUCACACCUUGGUGCACAUUCUCUCCGGCCUUUGCGCGAGGCUUUAGAACAAGAGAUUGUAAAGAUUGCUCCUCAUGUGGUGGCUUUGACAGAUGCCUUUGCACUCACAGACUAUGAACUAAACAGUGCACUUGGAAACUAUGACGGAAAUCCUUAUGAAAAACUUGUCGAGCGUGCCAAUAAAUCCUCUUUAAAUAGCACCAGCUUUAAGAACGAAAUUGCAGAGUUGAAAAAGGCAGGCCUUUCAAAACCACUGUCAAAACUUUAA